AGACAUGAAUAAUUAACUAUUUUCAAUUUCCAUUACAAUACUUUUUGUUGCUUCAAUAGGCGUCAAGCAAGAGAGAAAUUUGUGAAUUCGCCAUUUCUCAUUGCCACUGCUCUACGCUUCCUUUCAUCCUCAAUAUCCCAACUUCACGUUUUCUUCGUUUGGGUGCGUUCCUGAACCUGAAUUUAACGUCAAAGUUACUUAGGAUGCAAAAUUGAAGCAAGGAAGGUCAAUGCAGCUGUUUUUUUUAUGGGUUUCAUGUGAUCACUGUGGUUCUUGUCAACUGUUUUUGAGGGUCUUUGAAGGGAAUUUUUCUUAAGGGUUGUGAUUUGUGACAAUGUCCUCUUCUGAUAAUCAUGGCCCUUUUUCACCAAUUUCCUCCUUUGGCCGCUCCAUGUCUCGUCUUCGGAAGGAAAAGGUUCAUUCUUUGGAAUCAAAUCACAAAUCCACCACCCGGGAUUUGGAGCUUGAAUCAUUCCAAAAGCAGGUUACUGUUCGAUUUGAGGACCUGUCCAGGGUUAGUGAUGAUGAGUUGCUCUCAGUUGAUUGGAUGCGGAAGCUCCUUGAUGCAUUUAUCUGCUGCCAUGAGGAAUUCAGAGCCAUUCUGUUGAACAAUAAAGAGCAGGUCUCAAAUUCACCUCUGGAUAGAUCAAUCUCCGAAUUCUUUGAGAGGUUGGUAAAGGCACUUGACAUUUGUAACGCAAGCAGCGACGGGAUUGAGAAGAUUCGCGUGUGGCUAAAGCAUUUGGACAUUGUCUUGUGUGCCUUGAGUUCUAAUCAGAGAGCACUGAGUGAAGGCCAAGUCUUGAGGGCCAGAAAGGCACUGAUGGAUUUAGCACUGACAAUGCUUGAUGAGAAAGAUUGUAAGUCAGUUUUUCCUCAGCGUAACAGAUCUUUUGGCCGCCAUAACACCAGCAAGGAUCAUCGUCGUCACUUUGCAAAGCAUUCUCGAUCACAUUCAUGGAGUGUAUCACGACCCUGGUCUGCUGCCAAGCAACUUCACUCCAUUGCAAACAACUUGGCUCCCCCUCGUGAGAGUGAAAUUGUUGCAACAAGUGGGCUUGCAAUUCCUAUUUAUACUAUGAAUUCUGUUCUCUUGUUUGUUUUGUGGACUCUUGUUGCAGCUAUUCCCUGUCAGGAUAGAGGUCUCAACAUUCAGUUGUCAGUUCCAAAGCAAUUCUCAUGGAGCACCCCGGUCACUUUGCUUCAUGAACGGAUCAAGAAGCGAGAGCGACGAAGCUCCAAUGGCUUGCUGAAGGAAAUAAAUGAAGUUGAAAGUUGUGUCCGGCAUGUGACUGACUUGGUAGAUACGGUUCAGUUUCCAUUGACAGAUGAGCAGAAAGUGGAAGUUGAGCAGAAGGUGAAGGAGUUAAGUCUUGUUUUUGGAGCCUUAAGAGAUGGAUUGAAUCCAUUGGAACGCCAAGUGAGGGAGGUGUUCCAUAAGAUUAUGAGUUGCCGAGCUGAGGGGCUUUGAUUACCUAGGCUAGGUACGUUACUUAUAUAUUCAUGCAGUGCAAUAGCAUCAUUGAUCAUCAAAUGUACAAAUUUGUGGAUCAUGUACAUUUUACUUCUUACCACCAUUUUGGAAGGAGGAAGAGUCACUACAUCUACCUCUCUUGCAAUGCAUUUUAUUUAUGUUAAUACUUGUGCAAAAAUAAUGAUGUUCUGAUUACUUGUAUAUUUAAGGUUUCUUUGAAUCUUUGCUCCUUCA